AUGUCUUCCUCAGACGCACUUCAGCCCCCUAUCGCUCCCGCCGAGCGAAACAUUGUGAAAUCCUACGGCGGCUGGAUCAUGUUUCUGGCCAGCUUUGGGCUGAAACCAUGA